UUUUUUAACAUCCUUGGGUCGUGGGAUACCAGAAAUCCACUUCCUCUGGGUUGCAUCAGGAGUCAGCUGACAGGGAGUCGCCCUGUGUGAGACCAGGAGGUAGAAGAGGAGGGUGCUGGGUUAGGGUUAGGGUGCUCGAAGCAGCAGGAAAGGGGGCAGGGCCUCGGACAAGGCUACUCCUCAAUAAGGACUUUCGUAAUGCUCCCUUAACAUGUGGACUGCAUGCUCAGGGUGCAGUGUGUAGUCGGCGUUAAGCACACAGACCGCAUGGGGACUUUGUUUUGACUUUGUUUUGAGCCGGUUUACCAGCUGACAUGCAGACUGUACCGGAGGAGUGGAGGGAAGGACGGGAGCCGAGAGGAGGAGGAGGAGGAGGAGGAGGAGGAGAAGAUGGGAGGACGGGGGACAUGUUAGUCGAGAGGAGAGUGGAUUCGGAGAUGAAGGGAGAGGGGAAGAAGAAGGGGGACAGCGGAGGGGAAGACGUGGAGCAGGAGUCCCUGAUGAUGGAGCUGACGAGGCAGGUGCAGAAGAUCAUGAAGGAGAGCAGCUGGUGGGAGAGGAGGGGGGUCGACUGCACCAUCCUGGCAGCAGCGUUCCUCUGUCUGCCGCCGGCCUUCCUGCUGCUGGGCUCUUCUCCGGUCCUGAGCUUUUCAGCGGGGAUGCUGCUGAUGGGCGUGGCUCACGCCGUCAUCACCUUUAAAGGGGCGCACCUGGCCAGCCACGGGUCGCUGAGCGAGUCGCAGACCUGGGGCAAGUUCUGGGCCGUCUUCUUCAUCGAGAUCUGUGGUUCAUUCUCAGCGCAAGUCGGCGUUCACGGCCACAUUAAGAUGCAUCACGCUCACACUAAUGUCGUUGGCCUGGGCGACUCCAGCGUGUGGAAGGUGCCCUUCCUGCCUCGCUGCGUCUACCUGUUCAUAGCGCCCCUGGCCGUGCCCGUCAUCACGCCGCUCGUUGCACUCGCUCACCUGAAAGGACGCUCUCUCGCUCUCGUGGUCAGGACCGUCGUCAUGGUAACACUGGGUCUGUAUUCCCAGUACUGGCUGCUGAUCCACGUCUCGGGGUUCCUGUCGCCCCUCAGCGCUCUGCUCUGUAUGCUCGUGUGCCGAGCGAUGUUCUCCGUGCCCUACAUCCACGUCAACAUAUUCCAGCACAUCGGCCUCCACAUGUUCUCUCCCAACAACCGACCAAAGAGGAUCUACCAGAUGACCCACGGAGUCCUGAACCUGCCUCGUAACCCCCUUCUGGACUGGAUCUUUGGACACUCGCUCAUCAACUGCCACGUGGAGCACCAUCUCUUCCCCUUUCUGUCUGACAACAUGUGUCUAAAGGUGAAGCCUGUUGUGUCCAAGUACCUGGCUGAAAAGCAGCUUCCGUACCAGGAGGACGGCUACCUGAACCGGCUGCGGUUUUUCUUCCACAAAUACCAGGAGCUGAUGGUGCUGGCCCCCCCGAUCACCGAGCUGGUCGGGGUGCAGUGAUGAAGGAAGCAGUGA